CCAGGCCACGUCGCGCUGCUCUCGCCAUCUUUUAACUGGGGAGUACUGGAAGGGCCGAAGAUCCGUGUGUUUCUAUCAGUUUUUGGGUGUUGUGUUUGAGCUCCAGCUGUGUCGGUAUCCCUUUUCUCAUCCCUGGAUACCUUUUCUCUACCUUUCUCUCUCUGCGGACGGAAUCAUGAAUAUUUUUAGGCUGACUGGAGAUCUGUCGCAUUUAGCUGCUAUCAUCAUCCUACUGCUGAAAAUAUGGAAGAGCAGGUCAUGUGCAGGUAUAUCUGGGAAAAGCCAGUUUCUGUUUGCACUGGUUUUCACAACACGCUACUUGGACCUUCUGACUUCGUUUAUCUCCCUGUACAACACUACGAUGAAGAUUAUCUACGUUGGUUGUGCGUAUGCCACGGUGUACCUGAUCUAUGCCAAGUUCAAAGCCACCUAUGAUGGCAAUCACGACACUUUUAGGGUGGAGUUCCUGGUCGUUCCUGUGGGUGGCCUCGCUUUUCUCGUCAACCACGACUUUUCUCCUCUGGAGAUCCUUUGGACUUUCUCCAUCUACUUGGAGUCUGUAGCCAUCCUUCCUCAGCUGUUUAUGAUCAGUAAGACUGGGGAAGCUGAGACCAUCACCACACACUAUCUGUUCUUCCUGGGCCUCUAUCGUGCUCUUUAUCUCAUCAAUUGGGUGUGGCGCUUCUACUUCGAAGGCUUCUUCGACAUGAUCGCCAUCGUGGCAGGCGUCGUUCAGACCAUCCUUUAUUGCGAUUUCUUCUAUCUCUAUGUAACAAAAGUGCUUAAAGGGAAGAAGCUGAGUUUACCAGCUUAAGGAGUGAUAGAGACGCAGAGCUUCAGUGUGGUGUGCAGAAGCGCAGGACACAUCACUGACGUCACACUCGUGUAAGACGCCCAGAGGAGUGCAACAUGGAUCUGCUAUUUCCUUCAACCCCCUGAGCAGCUCUGGGACACUUCUGGAUUCAAACUGUGGUAAUCACACAGCUCCUCCUCCAGUAUCCACGUUUUAUUACUUACUCAGAUAAAAGAAAUGAACCGUAUUCUGUCAGAAAGAUCACUUCACUUCAAUUGAGUAUAAAGCUGUUAAAAUAAUAAUAAUAAAAAAAAAAUCAGAUGUAUGAGUGUAUGAUGGUUGAUGGGCUUAUUCUUAUGCAGGGUUUUUGUUUUUGUAAAACAUUUGAAAUUCGAGUGAAUGUACCACAUUUUCUAGAGCGUAAGCCGGGACAUUUCUAGUUGUUGCCCUUUAAUCGGUCCCCCAAGGAGUUUUAACGAGAUUUUUGCAGCCAAAACUGCAAUACGAAUUGCACAGGGUUUUUUUUUUCUUUUACUUUUAUUCCUUUUUUUUUCCCUUUCAGUCCUGGAGAAACUCUAACAGAUGCUACAGUCACUGCAAAAACCUUAAUCGCUCUACAAUCGAGUCUUUAAUGUAGACGUGUUAGUCCAGUACUUACUGGAAAAUGAAAUCAUCAGUUCAGUCUUUGAUGUGCUGAUAAACCAAAAUAUUGUCGUCAUGGCGAUCACCAAAUCGAGGAUCCCAGCACGACGAGGUCCGUAGCUCCGUAAAUGGUCGGUGAGGAGCUUUUAACGUUUACAAAACUUUCCAGAAGCGUUUAGUCUUCACACGGACCUGACACACGGAUUCAGGAUAUGGAAGCAACACUGAACCACUACAACACACACCAACAACCAAACAUUAGACUGCGAGUGUGUUCGUGAAAUGCAGCUUUAGAGGCAGUGGAAAGAUCCGGUGACGUCAACACGAUUUAGGAUCUAAAUUUGACUGGAAGGGUUUAGUACACCAGAGCGACUUAUUUUCUGGAAAAUAUGGUACAUUUAUUUAUAGAAACUGCCGAGCCGAUUACUCUGUGGUAAAAUGUAUUGAAUUUUGUGUGUUUUGUUUUUUUUUUUAAGCUCAAAAUAUAGUUCUCAUGCUCUGGUCAGCUCUUCUUUUUUCCCUCCUUUUUAAAUUUUUUUAAAAAAUUUUUUUUAAUUAAUUUAUUAUUUUUUUAAAUUUACAUGAUAAAACAGGCACCUUUUAAGCAAAUUGUGACUAUUUUCGAAUAAUCGUGUUUGUAUCAUCCCCAACGAGUUGAACGUUCCCACAUGAAUUCUCUUGCAGUAUUGACACACUGUCUUAUAUUUCUAAUUUAAGUAAAUUAUUUUAUUAAUUGGGCAUUAUUUGCUUGCUCAAGUAAUGCAUUCUGAUUUCUGUUUGCUUUCGAAUAAUCUGAGCUGACUCGCGCCUUAUCCCAUCACUCUGAAAGUCUGGUGUAUGAAAAUUGUUCAAUUUAUCAAGAUUGUAUAGAAUGUAACGGAGGAAUUAACAGUUUUUCAUGAAUAGAUAUUACUUUUUACCUGAAUUACCCACAGAGCUGUAAAGCAUGUUAUGUAUAUUGAGUUUUCCUUAUAUAAUAAGCCUUAUUUUUAAUUUCUGAAGGAAGGGCAUUCUUGCAAAUUGGGUGUAAAGAGUUUUACUGAGUGGUGUUUACGUCUGUUUCUCUUUUUAAUUUUUAAAAUCAAUAAUUUUUUUAAAAUUAACCUUCACAUGACUUCUGGCUCAAAUAAAGAUUGUUUGGGAGAUGC